UAUUAACAUUCAGCCGAAGAUUGUUCUAAGUCUUGGUUAACGUUUCAAAAAAUAUUUUCUCAAGUUUUCUCGCGCGAGAUGCGCCUUAUCGUCGGGGCCUCCUUGGCCCUGAUUGUAUUUUCGUUCGUUGGUGCUCGAGCGUUUCCAUCAGGUGAAUCGAAAUAUGGACCAAUUAUUGACAUAGCCGAUGCAAUUAACCAACCUGAGAGGGUUUUGUCACUAUCAGAUGACCGGGAAAGAUUACACCGCAAUUUUAAACGAGAUGUAAAUGAUCAAGCUUCAAAUGAUAACUCAAAAAGCACAAGUAAUAAUUCUGAAGAUAGUCAAAAUGACAAUGCUAAUGCAAACUCUGAAAAUAUUACUGAGGAUUUAACUGACAAUACUAAAGAUAAUCAAUCUCAAGGUGAUGGAUCAACUACCAAAUCAUCUGAUAAUGAUGAAAAUGACGCUCAAGCAUCGUCAAAUGAAAACGAAGAAUCUGAAACACCUAAAAAAUCAAACGAAAAUUCAACACCAUCUAACAAAUCAAAUAAAUCCGCGCCGAAAAAUAAAUCAUCUCAGAAAAGUACAACUACAACAUCGUCCUCAUUAGAUAAUGAGUCUGAUGGUGGUGAUAGUAACACAGAUGAUUCAGGAAAUAGUGAUAACGCUGAGUCAGCCAACGAGGAAGAGGAAUCAAAUAACGAUGAUCAAACCACACCGAAAAAUUCAAAAAAAUCGCAAAAUAAGAACAAACCAACAAAAAAUAAUAAGUCUACGACCACGGAAGCUUCAAACGAUGAAGACUCAGAGUCAGAAAAUUCUAGCAAUCAAAAUACAACACCUUCCAACAAAUCAAAUAAAUCCAGGCCGAAAAAUAAAUCAUCUCAGAAAAGUACAACUACAACAUCGUCCUCAUUAGAUAAUGAGUCUGAUGGUGGUGAUGGUAACACAGAUGAUUCAGAAAAUAGUGAUAACGCUGAGUCAGCCAACGAGGAAGAGGAAUCAAAUAACGAUGAUCAAACCACACCGAAAAAUUCAAAAAAAUCGCAAAAUAAGAACAAACCAACAAAUAAUAAUAAGUCUACGACCACGGAAGCUUCAAAUGAUGAAGACUCAGAGUCAGAAAGUUCUAGCAAUCAAAAUACAACACCUUCUAACAAAUCGAAUAAAUCAUCUCCAAAAAAGAAAUCAUCUCAAAAAAGUGUGACAACAGAAUCGUCAGCAUCAGAUAAUGAACCCGAUGAUGGUGAUGAUGACACAGAGAAUGCAGAAAAUGAUGACAAUCCUGAUUCGCCUAAUGAAGGUAAAGAAUUAAAUAACGAUAAUCAAACUACACCGAAGAAUUCAAAAAAACCACAACCUCAUAAUAAGUUAGAAAAAAAUAAUAAGUCUACAACCACAGAAGCCUCAAAUGACGAAGAAUCAGAAAAUUCUUCGAAACUAGAUGAUGAGUCUGAAUCUCCAGAUGAACAAAGUUCUCCCCCAAAAAAUAAAAAACAACCAAAUAGACCAAAUAAUCAAAAACCAAAAAAUAAGUCUUCAAAGAAAAACAAAUCUACCACCACAACGACUGCAGCGAAUGAUGGAUCUGACUUAGAGGAUCCUCCAGAAGAUAAUACAGAUGAUGAUGAAAAUUCUGAAACACCCGAUAACCAAGAUUCACCAAAAAAUGAUAAAAUAUCUCCAAAUAAAUCGCAGAAACAGAGGCCAAAAAACAAAUUGUCAGGUAAAAAUAGAUCUACCACGACAUCGGCAUCAAUCGAUGACCAAGAUCCAGAUGAGGACAAUUCAGAUCAAAAUGACGAUUCUGAUACUCUCGAUGAACAAACUUCUUCGCCUAAAAAUAAUAAAAAACAGCAACCAAAUAAUAUAAAAAAUAAGAAAACAAAAACUAAGCCUUUCAACAAAAAUACAUCUACAACUCCAGCAAAUGAUGAAGCAGAAUCGGAAGAAGCUACAGAAGAGACUUCAGAUGAAGCUGGAAAUUCAAAAUCCUCUGAUGAACAACCAAAAAAUAAUAAAAAUUCUCCAAGCAGACCUCAAAAACAAAAACCCAAAAACAAAUCGACUGGUAAACCAUCUUUAAAACAGGAUGAGCCGGAACUGGAAGAUGAUGCUGAAGAAGAAGAACCACCAAAAAUUAAUAAAAGAACUCCCUCAAAUAACGUACGAAAGAAUUCUAAAAAUAGGCCAUCAAAAAGUAGAACAACAACUACUGAAGCAUCUGCAGAUGAAGAAGAACCAGAAGAGUUAACAGAUGAAGAUACUGAUGACAAAGAAGAUACUGAAUCAUCCAAUGAAGAAGUAGAUGAUUCCCCAAAAAAUAAGAAAAAACCACCACCACCAGCUGAUCAAUCGCGAAGCUCGAAAAAACCGCCGAAAAGAGGUAAAACUACUACUACGGAGGCGCCAGCAGAUGAAUCAGAGCCAGAAGAAUCUGCUGACGAGAAUCUUGAUGGAACUGAUGAUGCAGAAACAUCAAACGAUCCUGAAGAACCUCCUAAAAGUAAUAAGAAAACAUCGCCUACUAGACCACAAAAACGUCGUCCGCAAAAUAAACCAACUAAAAAUAAGCCUACUACUGAAGCACCACAAAAUGAAGAUUCUGAAGAACCUGAAGAGGAAGAAGAUCCUGAGAACACUGAUAAUGGUGACACUUCAUUAGAGGAUCCACCUGCUCCACAAAUUCAAAGACCAUCAAAAAAAACUCCAAAACCACAAAGACAGCCUUCCAAGACAUCAAAUAAACGUAAGCCAACAACUACUGAAGCUUCAGAGAGUGAGAAUACUCCAGACGAAGAAAAUUCUGAGGACGAUGUAGAAAAUGGUGAAGAGGAGCCAAUCCCUUCACCAAAACCUCCGAAAAAACCAUCACGAAAUAAAGCUACACCAAAAUCAAAGUCUAAAAAUAGUUUUACCUCUAGGCCUCAAAACAAAAGAAAGCCAUCUAGAACAACAACAUCAACAACGGAAUCAGCUCCAGAAGAGCCUGAUUAUGAUGGUGAACCAACAGAAGAAGAGCCAUCUGAUGGCGAUGACAACGAAAGUAUUCCAUCUACUCCUAAAUCGUCUAAAAAACCCAAUGCUAAAAAACCUAAACCUACUACACCUAAAGUUGAGAAUCGUAACUCUCCAGAUGAAGAUGAGCAAGAUGAAAAUCCUGAUAAUCAAGGAGAGAAUUCUAAUGGACAAGGAGGAAAUCCAAACGAAGAAGACGAAAAUCCAAUUGAAUCUGGAGAUGAUGGUCAGUAUCAUCCAAAUGAUCAAAAUGAAAAUCCAAAUGGACCUGGAGAUGAUGGUCAAUAUCAUCCCAAUGACCCAGAUGAUAAUGGAUGGCAGGGUGCUUAUCAACCUGGAUCGAAUGAAAAACAGCCAGAAGGUGAUAACGACAAUUCAGAGCAACCAAAACCAACAAAGCCUAAGCCAAAUAAAAAAAAGCCUCCAAAAAGACCUAAGAAUCCUACCACUACUGUUCAGCCACAACCUGAUGAUGUUUUUAAAGGUGUUGGUGGAUACAGAGGUGAUGUCGAAAACAUAGACCCUUUCAAUCCUCAAUUUAAUCCUUUUAACCCGUCUGAAAUGCAGCCACCGUUUCCAUUUCCCUUUAAUCCACAAGAACGACCAUCUGAUUUUCCAUUUAAUUCAUCUCCUGGCUUUAAUCCUCUACAUAUACCACUAAACCCAUUUUUUCCACAACCACCAUACGAUUCUGAGAGUCAACCUAAUUCAGGAAAUCCGCAACAACCAAGAGGCCCAAGCCAAUCAGGGAAUCCACACCAACAACAAAAUUCGCCGCAACCGAAAAAUUCACAAAAAUUGAAACCACCCAAACCCAAACUUGAUCCUAAAAAUAUGCCUCCUCAACGCAUUAUUAUAAGAUGGUCUGGAAAUCCAUUUCUUGCUCCUCUAUUAGGUCCAAUUUUAGGUUUACGCAUCUCCUCUCUUCCUUCUUUUGGUACUGGUGCAAUGGGUCCUUCACGUCCAAUAUUGAUUAAGAUCCCUUAUUCAGGUAAUCCUUUUUUGACAAAAAGAGCAUCUGACGAUUCUUCCAAUCCUAAAAAUAUUCCAGAUCCUUGUGAUUGUGAAGAAGAAAAAUCACAAGCUGUUCCAGUUUUAAGGAUACGAGCUCCAUGGCCAGUUAUGGCUAGUAGAAUAAAGAUCAACUAUUAAAUAAAACACUUGUUAUGAAUUUUUCAUGAUAUCCAUACAUGUAUUAUGCGUGUAUUACACUAAAAGUUAAUCAAGUAAUGAAAUGUCGUGUAUAUUAAAAGUUACUCAUAAUUUUGUCAACCUUGAUUACAUAAGUUAUUUCAUAAUUCAAGUAGUAAGAGUAGCUAAAAUUGUAACUAAACUUAUCAUCGAAAAAUCAUUUUAAUUUUAUUAUUUUUGUAUAAUAAUAAAAAUCAUGUCGAAGUA